AAACAAGAUUGGUGUCUUGAUAGGGAGCAUGUAUCCGCUUGUCGUUGUUACUGGAAUGCACGUUUUAUCAUCACAACAAAUUUGAUAUUAUUCGAUAAACCAACCUUUAAAUAAUCGUUAUCGUAUGAUGGCAGUUAGUCUGAGGUGCAGGCAGAUAUAUAUAUUUAUCCUGGGAUGGAUUGCAUAUGCCUCGACAUAUAUUCUUCGAAAACCCUUAGGAGUGAUCAAAGCUGAACUUGAGAUAGCUCUGCCAGUUUCAAGGACUGAGUUGGGAUGGCUGGACUCAGCUCUUUUGUUUCCAUAUGCUUUUGUACAGAUGUUUUUUGGCCACGUUGGUGACAGAUUUGGGGCAAGAGUAACAUUUGGCAUUUGCCUCAUUCUAUCAGCAUUGUCAAUGGUUUCGUUUGGGUACUGGGACGAUCUGUACAUGUUGAUGAUUUUGCUGUUUUUAACUGGAGCUGCUCAGGCACAUUGCUGGCCUAACUGUACCAAAGCUUUGUUGUCAUGGUUUCCCGACAAAGUGAGAAACAGCGUUUUUGGAAUGUUUGGAACAUGUGCGUUUUCUGGUGGAAUACUUGGGACAAUAAUCGCGGUUUACCUGCAAACACAUUACGGCUGGAGACAUGUCUAUUUAUUUCCUUCUCUAUUUGUGGCUGCCAUUGGUGUUGUGGUUUUAUUUACAUUUUCCCAGCCUUCUGAAGUAGGCAUCCAGGUACCCGGCAAAGAACAAAAUACGGUAUCUAAUGAAAAAACGGCACAACAAAGCCUGUCUAUUUUACAGCUGUGGAAAAUUCCAAUGAUAGCAGAAGUGGCAGUGGCCAUGUUUUGUCUCAAGGUUGUCCGGUACACCAUGUAUAUGUGGCUUCCAAUGUAUUUACUAAAACAUUUAGGUUAUACUAAAGGCAUGGCUGGUGUGUUUUCCACGGCAUUCGAAGUGGGUGGAGUCGUCGGCAGUGGUUUAGUUGGAUUUGUACUUGAUCGGUAUUUCCCGAACCGAACGUUAGUGGGUACGGCAAUCUCCAUAGCGCUGUCCACGCUGGCUCUGUGUGUGUUCGUGGUGACCAGCUCCUGGGGGCUAGCCGUCAAUUCUAUAUGCAUGUUCCUCGCUGGAGCUUUUAAUGCAGGCCCAGACACCUUGUUAGGUGGGUCUAUACCAAUAGAGCUUGGCGAGAAAGACAACAGAAAUUCAGGGUCAGCCACAGUGGGGCUAGUUAACGGGUUUGGAAGUAUAGGCACGUGUAUAGAAGGUCCUGUCAUUGGUCUUAUUUCCACGUAUUAUGGAUGGACAGGCAUGUUCUAUGUUAUGAUCGGGUUAUCAGCAUUAGCAACCGUGACAGUGUUCAAGGCUUCGGUUAUAUAUAAAAAAGUGGACCAGACAAUCAUUGUUGAACCCAUUUAGUAUUGUGAAUGUUUCCUCAGGUGAACUGUGUCAAAAAGCCAUUAUGUGAUAGCAUCAGCCAUUCUUUCACCAGUUUAUAGUUAAAAUGUAAAUUUGAUUUUAAUGUGUGGGGUCACAGUAUAUUGUUUUACCUGUUUAUAUCUCACACUGGUUCAAACACAUCAUAUUGGAAUCACAAUCCAGGUUUGAUGUUUAUAAAAUGUAUGUCUUAUGUGCGUGUAACUACAUACAUUUACAUUGCUUAAAGGCACAUUCGGGAGUUUGCUGCAUUGUAAGAUGUUUCCAAAUAAUAAA